CGCAAAUCCUCUCUUUCAGAGUCACGGUGUUAUCCCGACUUGCCAGCCCAACUUUACUCCCGCCCUGAGUGGUUUCGUCACUAUAUUUAUUCGGCAGUGAUAGUAAACGGAAUAUCAGCAUUCAGAAACCAUGGCGACUCCCGCCGCUUUGCCCCCGUUACCUUUUAAUCCGGGUCGCAUACGAACAUACCUCCUCCGACUACCGCUGUUCACCAGACUGGUGUUGCUGGUCAUUCUGGCCUUCUGGCUGCUUGAGUUCCAGACCAUAUGGAGUGUUGUGCAGUGGGGUGCUUUGAUUCCAGAGGAGAUUAACCUGGGGACUAUGUACCGACUGAACACUUAUCCCAUCAUCCAUACUGGCUUCUUCCAUGCCUUCUUUAAUGCUCUGGCGGUUACACCGCUGCUAGAGCGCUUUGAGGCCGAGCAUGGCACUUUGACUGCCAUUGCGUUGUUUAUUGGACCUCUCUCGACUGUCCCUGCUGGUCUUUAUAUCUUGAUUGAGAGGUUUAUCCUCCACAGAAAUACUUCGGUGGUCGGCGCAAGCAUCUGGGUUUUCCUGCUUCUCGGCUCCGAAGCUAUCAAGACCUACAAGUCUCACCCCAACUUCAGCCUUGGCCCGUACAAAAUUCCCACCUGGACUUCACCCCUGUUCGCAUGUGUCGUUGUAUCUAUCCUCAUCUCGAACGUGAGCUUCCUUGGUCAUCUCUGUGCGAUUCUUGUUGGAUACCUCCUCGGCCUCGGAUACCUCAAGGUGUUUGUGCCCCCUGAGAAGGUCCUCCGCUGGAUCGAGGGCAAGCUGAACCUCCUGGGACGCCUACCUCACUACGUCUCCGUCGACCAGAAGACCUACGGUCGCUAUGGAGUUCUCCCAACCACCAACCCUGCCGGCGCCAACGGCAACCAAACACCCAUGAGCUACUUGGGAUCUACCCAGCGCCUUGGAGCAUGAUUCCGGAUAUUGACGCAUUCUUCAUUUCUCAUUUUUAAUGUAUAUUUUCCACCAUAGUACUUUAUAUUGUUGCAGACUCGGGGGACAUUGAAUAAUAGCAUAGCGCGUGCAUAC